CUUUUGUUUCUUUCAUAGCUAAAUUUCAUUUUUUGAAAUAAAAUUUCAGAGUUGAAAUUUCAAAUUUUUAAUACUUGGGUUUGUUGGAAUCUAUCUCUCUGUUUUGUGUUGUUGUGAAGAUAGCUAGAUUGUCGUUUGGGUUUUUUUUUUUAAGUUUUGAUUCUUGAACUUCACUUUUCAUGGUUGUUGAGUUGUUGAGCUGAAAUUCUGAGGGAAAGAUCUUUAUUGCAAGAUAUGGGUUUUGAGCUUUAUAACUAAGAGUUUGGAUUUUGGGUACUGGGCUUUUCCUGAGUUUCUGAGCUGAAACUAUCUUGAAAAGGAUAGGUAGGUUGAAACAUUUGAGAAGAGAUACAAGAGGUGUUUGUAUGUGGUGGGUUUCUCUUUUGUGUCUGAACAAGGUUGUAUUUUAAAUAGAUUUGAAUCAUCAUCAAAAUGCCUAUUAGACAGAUGAAAGAGAGCUCAGAACAGCACCUUGUGAUCAAAACCCAAGUGCAAAGCUCAAUGAACCCCCCUCAGAAGCCGUCGAAAACUGUCCAAAAUGGCAAAGGGCCACCUCCUCAAGACCCCCGAAAUGCUAAAUUCCAACCCCAUGAUCCAUCUCCUGGGAAGAGUAGAGGGAGAAGAAGAGGAAGAAGGGGGCAGAAAUCCACUAGUUCUGAGGUCUGCACGGUCUCCAGGCAUCGGCUGGAUGGAGUGGUCGGGGUGGAAAAUGGAAGUGGGUCUUUGGAGAAUGGAGGUCAUGUGUGUGAUAUGGAGAUGGGCUUUCCUUCUUCAAGCAAAUCUCUGAGGUUUCCCAUUAGGCCAGGACAGGGGCAAGCAGGGGUGAAAUGUAUAGUAAAAGCCAACCAUUUUUUCGCCGAAUUACCGGACAAGGACUUAAACCAAUAUGAUGUUACUAUAACACCUGAAGUGGUGUCGAAAACUGUCAAUAGAGCUAUAAUGGCAGAGCUUGUGAGACUGUAUAAGGAGUCUGAUUUGGGAAUGAGAUUGCCUGCCUAUGAUGGGAGGAAGAGUCUCUACACAGCUGGGGAGCUUCCUUUCACCUCCAAGGAGUUCAAAAUCAAGCUUGUGGAUGAAGAUGAUGGAAUCAAUGGUCCGAAACGAGAGAGAGAAUAUAAUGUGGCAAUCAAGUUCGUUGCCCGAGCAGACUUGCACCAUUUGGGCCAAUUUCUAGCUGGCAGACGCGCAGAUGCACCACAAGAAGCUCUUCAGAUUCUUGACAUUGUCUUAAGGGAACUUUCCACCAAAAGGUAUUGUCCUGUUGGGAGAUCCUUCUUUUCACCUGAUAUUAGAACGCCGCAGCGUCUUGGUGAUGGUCUUGAGUCGUGGUGUGGAUUUUAUCAAAGUAUAAGGCCUACACAGAUGGGGUUGUCUCUAAAUAUUGACAUGUCUUCGGCAGCCUUUAUUGAGCCUCUCCCUGUAAUUGAGUUUGUAGCUCAACUCCUGGGCAAAGAUAUAUUGUUGAGGCCGUUGUCUGAUUCUGACCGCAUUAAGAUCAAAAAAGCUCUCAGAGGAGUGAAGGUUGAGGUGACUCAUCGAGGAAAUGUUCGGCGAAAAUAUCGGAUUUCGGGAUUGACAACGCAACCCACAAGAGAACUUGUGUUUCCAGUUGAUGACCACUCAACUAUGAAAUCAGUUGUUGAAUACUUUCAAGAGAUGUAUGGCUUCACUAUCCAACAUACACAUCUUCCUUGCCUUCAAGUGGGGAAUCAAAAGAAAGCUAGCUAUCUUCCAAUGGAGGCCUGCAAAAUUGUUGGGGGACAACGUUAUACUAAAAGAUUGAAUGAGAGGCAAAUCACUGCUCUACUGAAGGUUACAUGCCAAAGGCCGAAGGAUAUGGAAAAUGACAUUUUGCAGACAGUUCAGCAUAAUGCUUAUGAUGAAGACCCAUAUGCAAAAGAGUUUGGGAUCAAAAUCAGUGAAAAGCUAGCUUCCGUAGAGGCUCGGAUACUUCCUGCUCCUUGGCUGAAAUAUCACGAUGCUGGGAAGGAAAAGGAUUGUUUGCCUCAAGUUGGUCAGUGGAAUAUGAGGAACAAGAAAAUGAUUAAUGGAAGCACUGUCAGCCGGUGGGCCUGUAUCAACUUCUCACGAAGCGUUCAAGAGAAUGUAGCACGUGGGUUUUGUAGCGAGCUGGCUCAAAUGUGUCAAGUGUCUGGCAUGGAAUUCAAUCCAGAACCUGUAAUUCCAAUCUACACAGCAAAGCCUGAACAUGUAGAGAAGGCUCUAAAGCAUGUCUACCAUGUAUCGACGAACAAACUCAAGGGUAAAGAGUUGGAGCUGCUCUUGGCUAUUCUACCCGACAAUAAUGGCUCGUUGUAUGGUGAUCUUAAGCGAAUAUGCGAAACUGACCUUGGUUUAAUAUCACAAUGCUGUCUCACAAAGCAUGUCUUCAAGAUUAGCAAACAGUAUCUGGCUAAUGUCUCUCUAAAAAUCAAUGUUAAGAUGGGAGGAAGAAACACUGUUCUUUUGGAUGCUAUCAGUUGGAGGAUACCAUUGGUUAGUGAUAUACCAACUAUAAUAUUUGGAGCAGAUGUGACCCACCCAGAGAAUGGAGAAGAUUCCAGCCCUUCAAUUGCUGCUGUAGUAGCCUCUCAGGACUGGCCGGAGGUUACGAAAUAUGCUGGAUUGGUUUGUGCUCAGGCCCACAGGCAGGAACUUAUACAGGACUUGUACAAGACAUGGCAAGAUCCUGUCAGAGGCCCCGUUAGUGGUGGCAUGAUCCGGGAUCUAUUGGUUUCGUUUCGGAAGGCAACAGGGCAAAAACCAUUGAGAAUUAUAUUCUACAGGGAUGGUGUGAGUGAAGGGCAGUUCUAUCAAGUCCUUCUCUAUGAAUUAGAUGCAAUCCGGAAGGCUUGUGCCUCUCUGGAACCCAAUUACCAACCGCCCGUGACAUUUGUUGUGGUCCAGAAACGGCAUCACACGAGACUGUUUGCUAACAAUCACAAUAAUCGAAGCAGUACUGACAAGAGUGGAAACAUUUUACCUGGCACGGUGGUUGAUUCUAAAAUCUGUCAUCCAACAGAGUUUGAUUUCUAUCUCUGCAGCCAUGCUGGAAUUCAGGGCACAAGCCGACCAGCUCAUUACCAUGUUUUAUGGGAUGAGAACAAUUUCACGGCAGAUGGGAUUCAAUCUUUGACAAACAACCUUUGUUAUACGUAUGCAAGGUGCACGCGCUCUGUCUCUGUUGUUCCUCCUGCGUAUUAUGCACAUCUAGCUGCAUUUCGAGCUCGGUUUUACAUGGAGCCUGACAUGCAAGAGAACCCAUCUUGUGGCGGUGUAAGACAAGCAUCAUCGCGGGCCACACGCUUGGCGGGGGAGACAGUUGUGAGGCCGUUGCCGGCCCUUAAGGAAAAUGUGAAGAAAGUAAUGUUUUAUUGUUAGGAAGAGAGGUGGGAGGUUUGUGGCUCCAUCCAGCUCCUGCUUACCAUGUAUCAUGUAUCUGUGGUUGAUGGGCCGUCAUGGUGCGCCCACCCAUUUUCAAUCAUUGAUGAUCUAGAUCUUGUAGCA